CACGAGGAUUCGUUUCCUAUCGGAAGUGGCCGACCUCCACUCACUCUCAUCUCAAAUAAUUAUCGUAGCACAACUCGACGACACUUUACUCGCAAAAUCAGUCUAGCAGCUUUGAUCUGUGUACUCAAUAAGUUAAAAACAAUAAUGGAGGCAGCGGCAGUGAAAAGCGAGGGCCUUGUCAUCCCGCUUAUUGACUUCUCCCACUUCCUAAAUGGAAAUCCGGAGCAGAGGAGGGAGACCGCCAAGGCCAUCCUUCACGGCUUUCAAACUGCUGGCUUCAUCUACCUUAAGGGCCUACCCAUCACGUCCGAGUACCGUCAAAAUGUGUUUAAGACGUCAGCGAAGUACUUUAGGCUGCCCACUGAGACCAAGAUGUCUCACUGCUGGUUGACUCCGGAGGCGAAUAGGGGCUACUCGGCACCGGGCCGCGAGAAAACCACGACACUGACCGACAUAAACGAUGUCAAGAAAUUGAGGGACGCCGCGCCCGACUUAAAAGAGAGCUUGGAGAUCGGCCGCGAAGGUGAACCUGACCACCCUAACCACUGGCCGGAUGAGGAAGGAGAACUAGUGGGCUUCAAGGAGACAAUGCUUGAUUUCCAUAACAAAUGCAAGGAUCUUCAUAUGGAAGUCAUGCGUGCCAUAGCAGUCGGUCUCGGUAUCGAUGAGGCGUGGUUUGACUGUUACACCGAUGUGGGUGAUAACACCCUCCGACUUCUUCAUUACCCCGAGGUCAAAAAGGACGUCUUCACCAUCAAUCCAGGCCAAGUUCGCGCCGGAGCACACAGCGACUACGGUUCUAUAACCUUGUUGUUCCAAGAUUCUCGUGGUGGUUUGCAGGUCCGAAGCCCAACAGGUGUUUUCGUCGAUGCGACGCCAAUCGAGGAUACAUGUGUGGUGAACGCCGGUGAUUUGUUGGCUAGAUGGAGCAACGAUAAUAUCAAAAGCACCAUCCAUCGUGUGGUAGAGCCACCGUCGGGAGACACCGAUGUCUAUCCGGCCAGAUAUAGCAUCGCGUACUUCUGCAAUCCCAAUUACAAGAGCUUUAUCGAAGCCAUUCCCGGAACGUACGCUGCUGAGACGGAGAGGAAAUACGAAGGAAUCAAUAGCGGGCAAUACCUAGUGCAGAGAUUAGCGGCCACUUACUAAUAGCCACAUUAUGCCGAUUUGAUAGGAGGGUUGUUUCAAGUUAUGUCUCGCGAAGAUCUCAUGAUGGUAUGGAGUACAGCUGUAUUCAAUGAUCGC